AUGUCAGACGCAGAUAGUUUGGGCGAUUCGCAAUCGGAGGCGGAAUCAAUGAUCGUUGAGUCCGAUGAAGAUACAUCAGAUUGGGACGCAGUACAUGUCGCUAUCAGAUCAACCUGUGGUCUUUGUUCUCAGUCCAUCGACCCAUACGACUGUGCUAUAGCAUCCAAGGUCAUCGCCAUGGUACUCGUCCUGGCUAUUGCACAAGGAGAUUCCAAUUCCCUCAAGGACGAAAAAUGA